AUGGCAACUGCUGGAAGACGGAUGGAAAAUGAAAAGAACAAGCCGAUAUUUUGCGAAUUAAACAUUAACGAUCUGGAACCGGAAAUUACAGAGAUCGAGAGCCUCUGCGUGGAAUGCGGCAAGAACGGAAUUACCCGGUUGCUGUUGACGAAAAUCCCACAUUACAAAGAUGUGGUGCUUAUGUCCUUUGAGUGCGAGCACUGUGGCUAUCAGAAUAACGAGAUACAAAGUGGUGGAAAGAUAACGGAGAAAGGAAUCAAACUAACGUUGCAAGUGGCAACGUUGCAAGAUUUGAAUCGCCAAGUCGUUAAAUCUGACUACACUAGCAUUCAUAUACCCCACUUAGAUUUUGAAAUUCCUCCUCAGUCUCAAAAAGGAGAAAUCACGACUGUGGAAGGUAUCAUUGACAGGAGUAUUAGAGCACUGGAACAGGAUCAGCCCAGGCGUCGGGAAGAAUUUCCAGACACUGCAAUUGAGAUAGAUCUGUUUAUUAGCAAAUUACAAGCACUGAAGAUAUUGGAUGAGCCGUUUACUAUUAUCUUUCAAGAUAUUUCAGGAAAUAGUCAUGUAGAGAAUCCAAAAGCGCCAAUCAAAGAUAGCCAGUGUACUAUAACACAUUUCAAAAGAACGAAAGAACAGAAUCAUAUGUUAGGAAUUUAUUCUGACAAUGAAGAUGUUUUGCUCAACCCUAUACAGGAAGGAGAAUAUCCUUUGGAACAACUUGACAGCGAAGUGCUGACCUUUCCUACCAAUUGUCCUGACUGCAACAGUCCUUGUGAAACAAAUAUGAAAUUGACAAAUAUACCACAUUUCAAAGAGGUUGUUAUAAUGGCCACACUAUGCGAGUCUUGUGGUCAUAGGACUAACGAGGUGAAGAGCGGCAGUGGGAUUGAACCCCAAGGAGUCAAAAUCGAAGUAACGAUAACAGGCACAGAAGAUUUCAGUCGCGAUCUACUGAAGUCCGAAACUUGUGAUAUGGAAAUACCUGAACUCGAGUUAGAAGUCGGUCCAAACAUUUUGGGCGGUCGAUUCACGACCGUAGAAGGCAUCAUAACAGCGAUGAAAGAACAGUUGUCUUCGUCUACAGCUUUCACUGGGGACAGUAGUGAUCCAGAAAUUGUAAACAGAAUGAACGUGUUUAUUGCACAAUUGGAAGAAGUUUUGGAUGGUCAAAGGAAAGUGACCUUGAUUUUAGAUGAUCCAGCCGGAAAUAGUUACAUACAAAGUCUUUCCGAUGAUGGACCUGACAAUAAAUUAAAGAUCACGAAAUAUGAUAGAAAUUUUGAGCAGAAUGAAGAACUUGGUCUCAAUGAUAUAAAAGUCGAAAAUUAUUAG